ACUUGCAUAAUGUUUUUAUCUUUAUCUUCAUACCUUGGGAUUGUUCACGGUUUAGAUCCGUUAGUUAUCAGGGGUGGAGGUGGAGCUGUGUUACAAGGAGAAGAACAACAAAGGAAGUAACCGGUACAGUAGUGCCGAAUGUCAGUAAAUGAAUGAUGACUGACAGCAAACAAGUCACUAUUUUACCAUGUUUGAGUGAUUCCGUCGAGCUAAAGUAACAAAAUCAAAUUGACCUUCGGAAUUUGGAGGACCGAAAUGAUGAACUCUAGCCAGCUUAAACAGAAAUUGGUUAAGUUGAAAGCAAAGCUAGCAGCCAAGGAGCGAAAACUUGAGAGAGCUGGCAGAGUAGCGAAAGUCCGGGCACACGUGAAGAGCCGUCUAGCAGACCUCAAACUGACCGAUACGAAUUCUGCAAAUGAAUCUAGUAGAGAUGGGAAAGUUGCUGAUCAGAAAGAAACAAAUUAUGAUUUACAAAACUCUCAAGGAACUGAGAGUGUGUUGUGCAAGGAGCCUAUAAAGGGAAGUGGUAAUGUUUUAUUAGAGUUGCAUGAGAAUCUCAUUAGUGGGUCAAAGACAAGCCAAAACACAGGUGAGUUGUGUAAACAGAUUGUUAUCAGGCAUUCUCCAAAAAGUCAUGUGUCACCAAAUAGUCACAAGGUCUCCUGUAAACGCCCUCAGGUGGAGAUUGAGGUCCUUCGUAAUGCUGAAUGUAACCUGCAGUCUGGACGUGGUUAUCAAGACAAACCAAGCAUUUUACCACCCGAUGACUGUGUACUGGCUGAUAACCAGGAUUGCUCCGAUGACACUGGCUGUGAAAAUAAGACUGGUAGAAAAUCACAGACAGAAUACAGCCAGUACACCCCAGUCAAGAGGAGAGUGUCGAGGUCUCACCCAGGGAAACGCUUAUCUCUCCAGCAGGACAACCAAAUGAAAAGAAGACAUGGAGAAAGGUUGUUGGCUGUAUGUGGUUCUGGAUGUACAAAGUCAUCAUCACAGUCACAAUUGAGAGUUAAUAAUGAUGACAAUGAAGCAAUCCCAUGCUUGUCUAAGCAGAGUGAAACCCAGAUGUCUUCACAACGAUCUGUUCCACGUGUGGAAUAUGAUCAUGUUGUCACUGGCGAUGAACGAUGUGAUACCUUGUUUGAAGUAUCACGAAAGGAUUGUAAUGACAACCAUUUUCUGGCUGGUCCAUUGUCACAAUUAACUCCCAUUGGUCAGACCGUAGCUCAUGUAGCUGUGUCUUCGCAAGUUACAGCCCAGACUUCAAAAAACAAUACACACUAUGGUACUGAAAGGCCUUCAUAUAUAGAGGUUGGUCUAUCUCCUGAGACGGUCUUUGAUGAUGUGCCCCAAGAGCAAGAGAAAGUGGGAAGUAUGACAAGUGACAGUCAGCUGUUGUCAGAAUCCUCUCAGUCCACUAGGAAGAGAAGCUACAGAAGAGCAGACUGGCAAUGUGUGGUACCUCCACGAAAAUCUGCCAGACUAGCAGCCUCUCAUAGAUGUGCUGCCCUGGACCAGUCCUUCCUACAGGCAUUUUCACAGGAGAGCCAACUUUCCGAAUGCAAUUAUAGCCGUCCAGUACUACUGCCCAGAUGGCAUGAGGGGCUUUCGCAGGUUUUUCUAACACGAAAGAGAAAACGGUCAAGAAAGCUAUUUCCCUCUUUACCCAAAAUCAUCAUUGAACAGCACUGUUUUGAUGCAAACUUUGUUGAGUUCUCUCUGCCUGCUGAAGAUUUCAAGGACUUCCUGCCACAGUUUACAAACAGUAACCAACACCAGGAGUGUCACCUGACAGCUCGAAAGGGUAUCUCCAUAGGAAAAGAUGUCAUGUCAUCACAGUCUGUAAUCACGAAUGAAAACGGAAAACUUUUCUCACAUUUGUUAGGAUCGGUGAAAGAGCUGAAUGAUUCUGAAAUAUCUUUUGAGGAAUUCUCACUUCCUGUGGAGGACUUUGAGGACUUUUUAUCCCAGAAGGUGACUUCAAGUUCUCCAACUGAUUUUUCAGGAAUUUCUGUAAGAGCUGCAACAUGCAUUGAAAUAGAUUCCAUCACUAACUCAUCUGUGCCUAAAUCUUCACAGAUAGAUGAAAAUGUAAUCCUUAAUUCUCAGCCCGCGUCAGAAAUCGGUCCUGUGACCUCAAAGAAUUAUAAAAAUAGUUUCCCAAGAGAUAAUAAGACUCCUGUUGCAGAAUCUUUAAACCCAUCCAGGAAAGUUUUGCUGAAAUGUACUAAAACCUGUGAGGAUUAUUCUCAGCAGUCAGGGACCUGUUUGAUACAAGGACAUAAGGAAAGUGGAUCUGGCGGAACAGGGAAUUGUGCACAAACGUUAGAUGACAGGGACAUGUCUAUUUUCUCAUCACCUGCAAACUUGCUGUGUGUACAGGAAUGUGCUAACAUACAGGAAGGCGUUGAGGAUCAUAUAGAAACAGCUGCUUUGAAAGGUGCAUAUUAUCAAAAAAGAGAUGAACCUCAAGCUGCGAGUACCACUAAUGAUUUUCAUAUUCAAAAUGACCAUAUUGAGGCUGCUGUGUUGAAGCCUUGUGCGCAGCUUAUACCUGCUGAAGUGUCAGCAUGUUCAGAACAGGAACUAAAUUCAAGCCAACUAUUAGUUAUUCAGGAAACCCAGGAACUGUCCAAUGAUAACAAAGUGAACAUUGACUCUGAAGAUGAACACCACCUGAAUAGGCAGGAUGACAGGUGUUGUAACAUUACCCCAUUGACAGCGAAACUCACAAAACAUGGAUUUUCAACUCUAAUCACGGAAACUCCUGACAACAAGGACUUAUCUAUUGAGUCACAGGUAAACAAAAAUGGGGGUGAGAUACACGCAGACAUGUGGGAUGUCAAAGACAGCUUCAAGGUGGAAUUGGAUCUGAUCCAUUGCUUGCUACCUGGGAAACUGGAAGUAAAUGACGAAUGGCUACACUACAUUGUUGUGGUUGGAAACUCAGGAAUGUCAGUAUGGAUACAGAAAGCAUCACAGUGGGAAAACUUACAGAGUUGGUCGGCUACACAGGAGAUAACAAGUGCUACAGGCUUUACAGUAUAUUCCACAUGCAGUUUGAGUUUGUGUUUUGUCCUUGUGAAUAACCACAUGGAUUGUUCAACUCAGGCCUGUCUGUUCUCUUGUAAACUGGAUGGUUCUAGCCUAGGACACACCCUACUUCUCAAAGCUGAUGGAAUACACACAAAUAGACUGAUAGGCUGUGAUCUGGGCAGGGGACAGUUCGUUCUGGGAAGAUUUAGUGUGGACUCCAAUAACUCAGAGGUCAGGAAGCAUUGCAUAGUGGACUGCUCUUGUGUUCCUUUAGAGACAGCUCCAGGAGAAGUGCAGACAAUGUUACCACUGGAGGGCAGGCAGGCAGCACUUAUUGGAUACAGUCGGGACUUUAAACUCCACAUAUGGAAUCAUGAGGUUGGUCUUCUGCUCACUACUGUUAACUUGAACCCAGUCCCAGAGGCUCUCACAGGGAAGGUGAAUGUGGUAAAAGUGACAGAAGUAAAGGGACUAGUUUAUGUUGUAUUAGUGAGAUUUGAAGAUUCUGGUCCAAAAGGAUAUGUGAUGGCUGUCAACCCAAGCACUUGCAUCUGUAAAAUCCUGCAUUGUUUUGACCACAAGUGCAGUCCUAAUGCAAACAGAUUCCUGGGUAAAAUAACUGGUAACUGUGUUGCUGAUGGGAUGCUGAAAUCCUGGGAUAACACACAAAUAACUCAGUGGAACAUGUUCACUGGACAGCAAGACGGAUGGGCAUCGAUACCACAGACAGCUGUGCAGAUGGCCUUCCACAGUCAUAGGCUCUAUGUGGCAGAGAAAUCAGGCUGGGUGCAUGCUGUAUCCACUUGUUGAAACAUAUAUGUUUCACAGCGAUCUCUGUAUAGCAAGAUGACUGCGGCUUUACUCUAUAUAUUCCUGCAUAAAAAGUUAGUAUGAUGUUCUUUGGUCUUCCUGCACAAAUGCAUGAUGUUCUUUGCUUAUAUGAAACAAUAAAGUUUCAUUGUCAG